AUGGGGAACUACACCAAGGCAAUAAAUGACCUGCACAAGAAACUAAUGGAAGUAAUAUUCGAGAGCUUAGGUCUAAAACCGGACUACUUACAGAAAGAAAUCGAACAAGGCUCGCAAAUCACGGCGGUGAAUUAUUACCCUUCUUGCCCCGAACCGAGCCUAGCAUUAGGCCUGCCACCACACACCGACUACGGACUACUAACCAUUCUACUCCAAAAUCAAGAAGGACUACAGAUUAAGGAAAAAACCGGAAACUGGCAUUGCGUACCUGCGAUCAAAGAAGGAUUGGUGGUCCAAUUGGGCGAUCAUAUGGAAGUACUGACCAAUGGCAGAUACAGAGGAGUUGUGCAUCGAGCGGUUCUGAACUCGGAGAAGAAUCGGAUCUCGAUUGCCAACAUUCAGACCCUAUCAAUGGACACAAAAGUGGGGCCCGCCUCGGAACUUGUGGACGACGAGCACUCCGUGCUGUACGAAGAAGCUAGCUUUCGGGAUUUUCUCAAGUUCGUAUCGGAGAACGAUGUACUUGAAGGGAGAUACAUUGACACACUGAGGAAGGAGGGAAUCCAUUAG